UAGACAGGUUUCGAUAAAUCUCCCACUAAGGGCUGUAUCGAAACUACAACUCCCAGCAUGCUUUAAAAAAAAACAACUAAGUUUAAAUGCUGAAGUGUUCAGGACUUUUACAGAGUGCUUUCAGACCUGAGCUUCCCAUGAAGUUCUGCAGCAGCUUAGCCCCUACUAUCCUCUGCCCCCAGCACUUGCCCCCAUCUUUCCUCUCACAGCCGAGUACAGGAAGGAGGUGAUGGCUGCACUGAGGAAUGUGUGGUAUGCCUAGCGGAAGAUACCAUUACUCGCCAAGGGGGGUAGCCGGGACUGCCCGUUUACGCUUUUACACGGGUUUUGUCCGAGUUUAUCAUCGACUCUUCCGUUCCUUCGGGCUGUGUCUGUGUCGCAGCCUAAAUGAGGAUAGCGAGUGAGGGGGAUUGUACCGGGAACAAUAGGCCAGAUUGUCGGGAGUGCUCCCCCCCCCCUCCGCCACUGCGCUUUGGUACAUCCCGUGGUAGGUGGGAUCGGCUCUGCGGGGAAGUCUCUGGCAGAUCAAUGAAGUCGCUUUGAUGGCAGUGUCGGCCAAUUGAGCGGAGCGCCAGGGGCACACACGAUCAUCAUCGUCAGAACAAGGGGGGCUAACGAUUGUCACCCGGGCCGGGUAAACGUGCUGUGAGUCGGGUCGGGGGGGGGACACAGCCGGGUGUGGUGCCGCCCUGUAUCCCGGAGAAGAAGGACUUUGUGGGGAAACUUAACGCUACAAAAGUUGCCUUUCUUAUCCGCUGGAGGAUCCCCGGGCACGGCGAGGGUACAGGAGCCGGGCACGGACCAGGAAUGAUUUUUCCAAGUAGCAGUAACCCUGUGAGAACCCCGUAUAGGAAGCAGCAACCCAUUGUGCCUGCUCACCCCAUGGCUCCUCCAAGUCCAAGCACGACCAGCAACAACAACAGCAGCAGUAGCAGUAGCAGUUCUGGUUGGGAUCAAUUAAGCAAAACGAACCUGUAUAUUAGAGGACUCCUUCCAAACACCACAGACCAGGACCUAGUCAAGCUAUGCCAACCAUAUGGCAAAAUUGUAUCCACAAAGGCAAUUCUGGAUAAGACCACAAACAAAUGUAAAGGUUAUGGAUUUGUAGACUUUGACAGCCCGGCAGCUGCUCAGAAAGCGGUCUCGGCUCUGAAGGCAACUGGAGUCCAAGCACAGAUGGCAAAGCAACAAGAACAAGACCCAACAAACCUGUAUAUAUCCAACUUGCCUCUAUCGAUGGACGAGCAAGAGCUUGAAAACAUGUUGAAGCCAUUUGGACAGGUUAUAUCUACAAGGAUACUACGUGAUUCCAGCGGUACCAGUCGCGGGGUAGGAUUCGCAAGGAUGGAAUCGACGGAGAAAUGUGAAGCCGUCAUCAAUCAUUUUAAUGGAAAGUUUAUUAAGACACUUCCUGGUGUAUCAGCUCCCACAGAAGCCCUGUUGUGCAAGUUUGCCGAUGGAGGACAGAAGAAGCGACAAACCCAGAACAAAUACGUCCAGAAUGGAAGAGCCUGGCCGAGAGAGGGCGAGGUGAGACUUGCUGGAAUGACGCUGACUUAUGAUCCCACUGCUGCUAUUCAAAAUGGGUAUGUCAGAAGGUUUUACCCCCCUCCGUACAGCAUUGCCACAAACAGGAUGAUCACCCAAACAUCCAUCACCCCUUAUAUUGCGUCUCCCGUCUCCACGUACCAGGUGCCAAGUCCAUCCUGGAUGCAGCCUCAGCCAUAUAUCAUGCAGCAUGCUGGGGCCGUGCUAACUCCCUCCAUGGACCAUACCAUGUCACUACAGCCGGCGUCCAUGAUGAGUCCCCUGACCCAGCAGAUGAGUCACCUGUCAUUGAGCAGCAGUGGAACAUAUAUGCCUGCAACAACAGCUAUGCAAGGGGCGUACAUCCCACAAUACACACACGUCCAGACAGCUGCAGUUUCUGUUGAGCAGGAGGCCAGUGGUCAGCAGCAAGUAGAGACCUCUAGUGAUCAUUCUCAGUACACCUAUCCACAAAACAAAUGGAAUGAUGACCUUGAUUGGGGGAAAUGAGGUUCAGAUGCUGAAACAAUCACAGAUCUUUCUGAACAUUCAAGCUUUAUGAAUUGACAGUUUUGCACAGGUUCUUGGGGAAAAAAAAUCGUUAUUUAUAAUGAAAUCAACUCGAACUAUUUUUGCUAUAAGUUCUAUGAGGUGCAUCAAAAAAAAAAAAAAAAAAAAACCUUCAAUUCAUCUAGUGGCUGUUCCCCUGAACAGGUUUAUUUUAUUAUAAGAUUUUUUAUCGAGUAACAUAAGAAAAAAAGAAACAAAAAAAAGACAGACUAUGAGUUUAUAUCUGGAUAUGCACAGGUGGCCAUUUCCUUGAAUACAUGUGCAUGACAGAAAAAUUUUGUUUUAUUUUAUUUUCUUCUCUUUUUUUAAACUUUUUGAUGAGAUUUUUCUGUUUUUAACUUUUAAGGAUGAUAUAUAUAUAUUUUUUUUUUAGUUUUAUUUUUUUAUUUCUUUCCGAAGGUUAACUAUUUUACUGGCAAGAAACCAGUAAAGCAGGUCAUGACAAAAUUCAAUAUUCCUGGUUUCUGAAAUUUUUUAUUUUGAAAUUGGUUACAAUAAAAAGGCGUCUAUGGUGACGCCUCUGUGCUUGCCGUGUGAGUGUUGCUCUUAGUGCCGUGUUGCAGUUGCUGUCCGUUCUGACUCCUUGUAAUUUUUUCUCAUAGCGUGAAGUGUCUUAUCUUUUUUCAAUGAAUUCCAAUUUGCCUUAAAAACUUUUAAUGCUGUAGCUUUUUUUUCCUCCUCGUAAUUAAUAGAAAAAAAAUGUAAAAAAAAAAAAAAAAAAAAUUAUAAAAAAAAAAGUUUACAAAAUAAAAAAAAGUGUAGAUUGCUUUUGACCAAGUAAGCUGGUCAACUAUGCCUUGUAAAACAGCAGCAUAGGGCUUUUAAAAGGUAGUCAAUAAAAAUUGCUGAAAAAAAUUGGCUUUUUAAUGUGUAGUAGAUGUUUUUAAUUUUUUUUCAUGUAAUGUAUGUUAGUGGAAAAGAAGCGGGAGGGCGGGGAGGAGGGAUGAUGUUUUGUGUGAAACACAUUUUCUGACUGGGAUGUUUUAAUAGAAUCAGUUGUUUGUAAGGCCUUAUGCCGAUCAUUUGCUCUGGUAGUCUAAGCGAUUUUAGGAAAUCUGCUGUAAGAUGCAAUGUAAAAACUUUUUUGCUUUUUUUUUUGUGGUUUUUUUUUUCCAGAUAACUUAAUGUUUUAGUGUCAGUAGAAUAUAGGAAAAUGGGGGUUAUGGGAUUUGUCAGUGAAUGUGUUAAAAAAAAAAAAAAAAAAAAAAAUGUUUUUCCUUUUUCGCUUUUUUUAUUUCUUUUCUUUAUACAAGUAAUGAUAGUGCUUUAGAUAGUUGAUUGUGCUCAAACCAAGCAAACAAAAAAGUGCUGUUACAGCAUCAUGGCAAAAAGCUAAAGGACUUUAAAAGUAAAAAAAAUAAAAAAAAGGCUGAGAUAUAAGCGGAAUCGUCAGUGCAUUGGGUACUCGCUCUCUUAUUAGGUGAAAAUAAAAAAAACAAAAUAAAAAAAAAUAAAAAAAAGACUUGGCACUUUUAAAGGUAACUUUACCAAAGAACAAAGAGCCAGUAACCAAUCUUCCAGAUUAUUCUCAGCAUGAAAUUUUUUUUCUGUACUCUUUGUUUUUGCCGGACCAGUUUGCUGUUAGGAGAAUGUGCCUUUUUUUGUACAUUUGCAUUUUUUUUAAUAGUUUUAGUAGAUGUAUGGACACAAUAUAAAAAAAAAAAAAUCUAAAAGCAUGAAGGAAGACUUGGAUCCAAGCAGUGCCACACUUCACGUCAUCACUACAAGUAUUAAUUGUAAAGAUAAAAAAUGUAAUAAAAAAAAUACAAAAAACAGUUUUUGAAACUAUGAAAUUUCCGAUUGGCCAAAUACUGCAUUUUAAUUAUAUGCUAAAUAUAUAUAUAUUUGUGUGUAUAUAUACAUUUAUUAUAUACUUAUAUACACCAUUUUUAGUAACACGUUAGAUCAAUCACUGCUUAUAUUAUGGCUUUUAUGGUUUUAUUCUAAUAGCAUAUGUAAAGGAAAAAAAAUUAUGUUGUCUUCCAAAACUGUGUACUUGCCUGGUCAGCAGUGUGAUCAGUUAUCUACCUCAAAACUUUAUUUCCUUUUUUUUAUUGGGACAGGUUGCUGGCACUGCCUGUUUCCACUGACCAAAUCCUCCUAGCUGGAGCUAGGGCUUAAGCAGUUUUAAGGACAUUUUUUUCUUUUGUUUUUAUUUUUUCGUUUUAAUUUUUAUGAUUUUUUUUUCUUUUUUUUUUUUUCUUUUUACUAUUUUUUUAAGUAUUUUUUUUUUUUUUAGUAUUAAAACUGCAUGUAUUUGAGUUUAGCCAGUGGAGACAUUUCAUAGUUUCAAAAGUAAUUGCUGCUCUGAGUUUAGAUUUUAGUUUAAAAAAAAAAAAAAUACAUAUUCACAAGGUGUAUUGUGUUCUUUUUUCUUUUCUUAAUUUUAUUUUUUGCAGAGGAAUUAAAAAAAUAAAUAAAUAAAGUUGUGGUAUAAUUGGUUCAAAGCUCCCUGGUUAAAAAAAAUUGCUACAAUAAAACACCUUUUCUGCUUUAGGUGGGGGGUCUUGUUAAAUCGGCCCCUAAAGCAGUCAAGAAUGAACGUUCAGACAUGCAGCAAUCUAAAUUCUGUCGUCUUCUAAAUUUUGGGGUUUGUUUUGGAUUUUUUUCACGAUUUGCAAUAUUAUAAAGUAGUCCCAUCCUACACGACCGAUUUGAGGAGAAUUAAACAGUGCUGCAGGUGUCUGAACAAGGUGCCAUACUUUGUGUCUUGGUAAGAUUUGGAACAUAAAAAAAAAAACAUAACCUCUGUACAUAAAAAAAAAUAAAAAAUCAGUUAAACAUCACAUAGUAGACAGCCAUUAAAUUAUAAAAAAAAUUAAUUUAUGAAGAAAGACCUUUUGUACAGAUUGAAAAAAGAUUUUCAUAGAGAUAUCUAUAUGAUCAAGAGAGUUAAUUUUUUAUUUUUGUUUUACUAGUGCCACAAACUUGCCAGUGGUAACUUAUUUGUCCGGUUCAAGACAACUCUGUAGUUAUUGUUAAACGCCAAAAUAAAAUUUUUGAACUGUAAAUUUGAUUAGAUUGUUAGCUUUUUUUCUGGUUUUGUUUCUUUUGAAAACUUUUGAAUAAAAA